CUCGCACACAGUCAACUUCACAAGUUGUCAACACAGUCGGACGAUAUCAAGUUUCUACAGGUCUGCAACUGUGUGUGUGUGUGUGUGUGUGUGUGUGUGUGUGUGUGUGUGUUAACACCACCCUGUCUGAAUUACUGGAGCGCAGAGCAGUUGCAACUGUCCUUCACUGUCCGGCCAAGAGUUUAUAUGAAGAUACAUUUCAUGCCGUGCAGCGAUCAAACCCUACUGCGCCCGUGUCACCUUUAAACAGGGCAUACUUCUGUGAGAGUAUGAGGGCUUGUAGGAGGCCGAGCAGCGGUGGAGCACUCAGAACCGUCGUCGGAGCGAUGCUGCUGACACUUGGCCUGUCCCAGUCUGGCCCUCAACAGACUCCCUGUAUGGCUGGUGAUGCUGGACAGAACCUCACCCAGCCCAAGUACUUCAUGUUUCAGAACAGGACUGUGUCUAGCUUCAUGACGCCUCUGGUUGAAUCCUUCCUCCAAACUGUCCAGCCAUACCCAUUUCCAAUAGACCUGAUCCUGAAACUAGUCCGUGAAUUCUCAUUGACAAAUUCACAAUUAAUCAAGGAAGUCAUGCUGCACGAAGUGGGCUUCCUGGUAUGUGCAAUAUUUGGCAUCCUGUACAUCAUUCUGAUGCCCAUAAUUGGCAUCUUCUUGGCGUGCUGCCGCUGCUGUGGCAAGUGUGGUGGGACGAUGCACCAGAAGCAGACACCCUCCAUUCACAGUAGCAGACGAUGUCUCUACUGGUGCACGAUUGCUGUCACAGUCGUCAUCCUAGCCGGGAACGUUUGCAUGUUCAAAAGCAAUAAAGACCUGAAUGUGGGUGUGACUCAGAGUCCUACACAGCUCAACAAGACUACACGCAACAUUCAAACGUUCAUCACGUCUGUGCCUCAGCAAAUUCAUUCCGUGGUGAACGAGAGCUUCACAACCAUCGACAGGAUUGCCUCAAACCUUCAUGACAUCGGGCCUCAGUUGGGCUCAGUCAUCCAGGAUCGAUUCCGUGGACAUAUGGACCCAGUGCUGCGCUCGCUGAGGCUGCUGAAUGAAGGGACCACAAACUUCAGCGCUCAAUUACAGGAGCUGAACUCAUUUUUGACCCAGCACAGGACCACCAUGAACCUUCUGCAGAGGGACAUCACUACCAUCAGAUAUGCCAUCACUGCCACUUUGAAUAACCCGGCCUGUGUUGGCUGUGCCUUAAUAAGGCCAGUUUUACAGCCACAGGUAGAUCAACUGACACUGGGCGCAAUCGUUACUCCCAACAACGAUGGUCUUGUGGCAGGAAUGACUCAAAUCAACCAAACUGAUCUCCCAUCAAAAAUCGUGGAGAUUGAACGCUACUUCAACAGCAUCCCACAGACCGUGAACGCUGAAACCACGAAUGUAGUGCAACAAACCACCCAGGUGCUGGAGAACGUCAAAACCCAGAUCUCAAAUAUCAUCAGGACCUCCCUUUCUGCUUUGAUAAAUUUGUCAGACGUUCCAACUCAGCUGUACGCAGACACAAUCGGUAAACACAGCUCCACGAUCGAGUACGCCGAGGACAUUAGGUACAAAUUGUGUAUUGCUCUGUGCUGCGUGGUGGGCCUGGUGGUGAUGUGUAACAUCCUGGGUCUGGUUCUGGGUCCUCUGGGUUUGAAGCCCAAAACGGACCCAACAAUGCGCUCCUGCAUGGCAGACAGCGGAGGCACCUUCUUCAUGAUGAGUGCAGGGUUCAGCUUCCUCUUCUCCUGGCUGAUGAUGGUACUCGUGCUCGUGCUCUUCCUGUUGGGAGGACACGGUCACACUCUUGUGUGUCGGCCGUGGAGCAGCGGACAACUGUUCCAGUUAAUUGAUUCUUCGGGAUUGGUUCCAAACAUAAGUCAGGUGUUGGGAGUGAGAAGCAAAAUCAGCAUCGCACACCUCUACAGAGACUGUACGGCAAACCAGACCAUUUGGAAAACACUCCUCCUGCAUGAAGUGAUAGACCUCGACCAAGUCUUCAGUACAACUCAAUACGUGGGGGACAUACAGCGGCAGUUUGACGCUAUGAACAUUGAGUUGCCCACCAUCACUUUCCUGCGCCCUGAAGUGAGAGAGAACCUCAGAAACCUCUCCGUCAUUACAAACGAAAUGAACUCCACCCUUAUCACACAGCAGAUUAACACCGUGUCCAGCAUCAAUCUGAAUACGUCAGCGGAUGCACUUGUGAAUGCUGGAACUGGGACUGACCCGCCCACUCAAACAAGACUCCAAAACCAUGCCGACGACUUGAGGCAGUUUCAGGCCAGAAUAGAAACAACCCUCAUCCCACAAAUGACACAACUUAACUCAAGUGUCACGGUCCUUCGCACCACGGAACAAGAAAUGGAGGCAUCAGUGGUGGUGGUGCUGGCAAACGUGGCUGCAGCAGAAGACUUCUUCAACACAGACGCAGCAGCGAUUGUCAGGAACGAAAGCAGCUCGUUCUUGGACUGUCAGCUGGCUCACUUUGACCAUUACAAUGUGUGGGCCAGACACAUGAUCACAGAGCAGGUGGGAUUUUGUAAGCCUGUGGCGGAGACUGUGGACGUUGUGGGGGUCAUCCUCUGCUCGUACCUGCUGGAGUCUCUGAAUGCGUUCUGGUGCAGUCUGGGCUGGUGCCUUUUCUUCCUCAUCCCCAGCAUCAUCUUCACUAUCAAACUGGCCAAGUACUAUAGGAAAAUGAAGUUGUCUGAUGACUAUGAGUAAGAAGCAAAAACAACCCCAAAACAAAAAAACUCAGCCAAAAAAUUCACUUGAGCCAUAAACACACAUACAUUAUGUGUGUCCACGUGUGCACAUAACAUGCACGAAUCAUAACGGGUUUGUUCCUCUUAUAGAAAUGUUAUAAAGGCUUUAUUACAAAGUUAUUAAUAAGGGUUUCUAAACAUCUUACUUUGGAGUUAAUACUUAGUCUUAACACAUUUAACAAUCGCAACUCCUCAUCAUGAAUAAAUGGGGAUGUGAUGAUGUUCUUUGUCCACUUUGCAACAAGGCAUUUAUAAAUGUUGGCAAGGUUAACAAGAAAUAGAUCCUUAAAAAUGAAAUGAAUAGAUUCAUGCAGGUGUGUUAUAGAAUUGGAAUUCAAUUUUAUUAAUCCCCUUAGGGAAAGUAUUCCUCUGCAUUUGACCCAUCCUAGAAUUAGGAGCAGUGGGCUGCCACACUGAGUAGCGCCCGGGGAGCAUUGGGGGUUGGGUACCUUGCUCAGGGGUACCCCAGCCCUUUUUGGCCGGGUGGGGAUUUGAACCGGCGACCCUCUGGUUACAAGCCAAGUUCCCUUUCCACUUGGCCACAGGCUGCCCGUAACGUCCCAUUAGGACGUCAUUACGUGUUAAUAACCCAAUUAUAACAGUCCAGUGUGACGUGGUGCACAUUUUGACUGCUAUAGCCUGCCAACGCUCUUGUCUCUGUUUCAGUGACAACGUCAUAGCAAGCAAACUAAAUAUAAGCCCAAACGAAAAUGAGCUGAGCGACCGAGACGCACAGUUCUGGGAUGAGCACACACAACCGUCGCCUCCCGACCAAAGUGACACACUGUACACUGGGACACAGAUGUGACACACGAGCGAAAUAAGUUCACUCACACUGUUCACUACACAGAAAACUUGAGGCUGAGGUAAGGGAAAGAUAAUAUAUCUGUAUUUUAUGUAGCACUUUUCUAGUCUUGAUGACCACUCAAAGCUGCUGUACAUGACAGUUCUGCCAUUCACACCCAUUCACUCACACCUUUCACACGUUCACACACAAGGAGCUAGUGGAGCCGGGAAUCAAACCCACAACCAGGGAUGCCAGCCGACGUAGAAGACUGAAAGGGAAGAAGGCGUUUCCUCAUCUGUACGUCACUCACUGCCUUCACUGACAGCACUCGUCAUGAUUAAGGCUGCAACUAACGACUAUUUUCAUAAUCGAUUCCUCUUGUUGAUUAUUUUCUCGAAAUGUGUCAGAAAAUGUUGAUCUGUGUUUCCCAAAGCUGGAAAUGAUCCAAAAUGAUUCAGUUUUUAAUGAUUUCUUUGUCAAAUUUGGCAAAGAAACCAGAUAAUAUUCACAUUUAAGAAGCUGGAAAAUUUGAACGCUUUUUUGUUUUAUUUAUUGAAAAAACACUAACCGAUUCAUCGAUUAUCAAAAUAGUUGAUAAUUCAUUUAGUAAUCGAUUAAUAAUCGAACAAUGGUUGCAGCCCUAGUCUUGAUACAUUUCAUUCCUCACACAGUGUCUUUGAAAAGGACCUCGGGACACAAGAGAAUCUUCAGGGAUUAUUUUAACUUUGAAUAUUUUUUGCAUGUUUUAUAUGUUUUUGAUGUACAAACAGAGCCUGCUGCUAGAUCCUGAGAGCAUAAUUUAUUAGUGUUGAGCUGAUUUUUUUAGUCAUGUCGUAAAGGAAAACAAUAGAAACAAGCUUCUGAGACCAAAUUAUACUGCACUAAGGGUGAAUCACUACAUUUCUACACUUUGUUUUGUGUGCGUGACAAUUACUGAACUCCAUAUUGUCAUGACGUCUUUUUUUGUAAACGAGUUUGAUAAUGUGUUUUUCUACGUUUUAAUUUCAACUUUCGAAAAGAUUUAUCUUGGCUGUGAUUUAUUAAAAACAAAAAAACAAAAAAAGGCUACUGUGAAUAGAAAAAUUGUACUGGACGACAAAUGAACAA